AUGAAGAGGUACGAUCUUAACGAUAGAGUUUUGUGCAAGCAUGGUUCAUACUACUAUGAGGCAAAAAUCACGGAGAUUGCUGAAGAAGAUGGAGAAACCGUCUACGUCGUCCACUAUCAGGGUUGGCACAAAAGAUAUGAUGAGAGAAUAGCUCAAAGUGAGACAACGGAUAAGUUCCUUCCGUUCACUGAAGAGAAUAUUGCAAGGUGUAAGAAAGAAAUUCAAGAAGCAGCUUCGUCGUCGAAGAACAAGCGAAAGAAGACGAAAGAGAGCAACGAGGAUGACAAACUUAUCGACAUGCCUACGUGCCUGCUUCAAAUUCUCGUAGAUGAUAGUGACAUAAUGACUCGUCAACGUAUGGUUUCUCGUCUGCCAGCUCGUCAUACAGUCGACUCCAUCAUUAAUGAUGAUAUUAUUACGUGUACCCAGCACCUGAUCGGAUUCCUCGAGAAGAAUUAUGCGAAGUACUACAGUAUUGAGAACGAUUAUGAGAAUACUACGCCAGAAUAUCAGAAAACUGCCUGGGCUUCUACCUCAUGA